CUGACUGUGCGUGAGUGCGUAAGAGUGCGUGAGUGUGCGUCUGACGUCGCCCCCCUUAGUAACCCUCGGCGGCGUCUCCAGGAGAGAAGGCAACAAGAUGGGCUUCAACAUUAAGAGCGUUCAGUCUCAGGGCUUUAAACUGAACGUUUGGGACAUUGGAGGUCAGAGGAAGAUCCGGCCGUACUGGAGGAACUACUUUGAGAACACAGAUGUUCUGAUUUACGUCAUCGACAGCGCCGACAGGAAGAGAUUUGAGGAAACGGGUCAGGAGCUGGCUGAGUUGUUGGACGAAGAGAAGCUGAGCGGCGUUCCGGUGCUGAUCUUUGCAAACAAGCAGGACCUCCUCACGGCCGCGCCGGCCUCCGAGAUCGCCGAGGGUCUCAACCUGCACACCAUCCGGGAUCGCAUGUGGCAGAUCCAGUCCUGCUCCGCCCUCACCGGCGAGGGGAUCCAGGAGGGAAUGAACUGGGUCUGCAAGAGCGUCAACUCCAAGAAGAAAUAGCUUCGCUUCUAGUCUUCUGCCACUCAGGAGGAGCAGCAGCAGCAGCACGCACACAUACACUGACACAUUGCACCCUCCUGAGCCUUAGUACGAUGGGAUAUACCUGUGAAUGUAAACACACUACUAAUCCAACAUGGACUUGGAGUUUUUAACCCCCCUCUCCCUCCUCCUCUCCCUCUGUAUUCCUGUAUCUCCGAUGUUUACUAAUCUCAACACAUCUUCCUACGUCGGCUUCUACAAAAACAAAGAGAAAGAAAGAAACGAGGGAGACGUUUGACUUCAGAGGACAUCGACCCCCCUCCACCCGGACUACCACUCCGUCACAAACAUUCCCAUUAAAACUUCCGUCUUUCGUUGUAAUUCCACUUCUUUUAAACUCUUAUUUUUCCUCCAUCUCAUUCUUACAGGCUGAUAUGUGUUUGUUGUUGUUGUUUUCUUGUUUGUUUUUUAUCAUUCCACGAUGGCUGUAAGCGCUUUUUUCCUGCUAUGGCUCUGUUUGAAGUGAGGUAUAUUUUUGUAAUUGUUUUAUUUAUGGUGACGUAGAGUGUAGAGUGCUUUCAAACAACGACUGGUGUGUUUUCUGUGCGUGUGCGUGUGUGUGUGAUUUCAAGGAUGUUGGAGAAACGGUCCCAUUCUUCCCACUAAAGCAUAAUACUGUACAUGUUAAUAUGUAUAAACAACAUUAAAGAGAGAUUAAGUGGUUAAGAGGCACUACAUUUUUUUGGAUUAAAUGUAAAUAGCUCGGCCCUGUUCAUGUGUUAACAUCAUGCACAUGUUAUAGAGUAGAAGUCACACUGCUGUACUUUUAGUCUAUAAUGUUUUGCAUGUUUAAUAUGUGCUGGCAGAUUUUUAACAGAGGUAUACGUACUGAACGUCCCGACGCAUUUCUCUGUGCUCUUUGGGUUCGUGAGGGAAUUCACUCUUUUGGCAUUUCCUUUUGAUAUUCUUGAAUGUAAUCUGUCCAGAAUUGAAGGUACUGUACGUGAAUAAAAAGGGAGAAUAAGUAAA